UACAGUUCAAUUGUGCAUGCGGUUAAUUGAUUAAAUUGGAAGAGCCACAGGCCUUGUUGUUUCACCAGUGUCGCUUCAAUCUCAUUGUCGGUUUAAGUCAUCGUUUGCGAGAGAACAGCUGGGAGGAAAAGAGGGACGAGUCGAACGACGUUGGUGAAGCUUUAUUCAAGUUCGCGCAAGCUUAUGAAACGCGUGUUUCGAUUAUCAUUUGAAAUUGUCGCGCCGGCACACGUUGAUUUCACGCCCGUUCGCGUCGGACGCACCGGGCUGCUCUCUCUCUCUCUCGAAUCGACGAUUGUGGCUCACGACUGUAUAGACAACGGCGGAUAUAAUUAUCUUGAGGCGAGCGAGGAGCUCGCCGAUCUCUCCCGCGAGUGUAUCGGAAGCGAAUUCACGCCGCUGGGCGGUAGGCGUUCGAGGCGUUCGAGGCGUUCGAACGUGAUACUCGCGAUAACGCUCCACGCGCGCAGUGCAUACGUGUGCGCGCGCGCGCACGCACGCUCCACACACGUGCGGGUACGUCGUGGCGCAUGUCAAGUCGCGCGUCCGCCGCUAUCGGCUCGUCUGCCCCCGUGAGCACGGGACGCUUCUCGCGAUCUACGAAAUGCCGAUCCGUCGGCCGCGGAAGUAGGCGCCCCGGGUGCGACAGCAGCGUGCGCCGCGUCAUCGCCGUGCAUCGGAGCCGCGAGAGGAUGGCGGAGUCGAGCGGGCCGAUUCUUCACGUCAUCGUCGUCGGGUUCCACCACAAGAAGGGCUGCCAGGUAGAAUACUCGUUUCCACCCCUGGUGCCUGGCGCACCUAACGAGUGUCCGCUGGGAUGGAAGUACCUGCCCACACUCGCUCUGCCCGACGGCUCCCACAACUACGACGAGGACACGGUCUAUUUUCACCUGCCCAGUCUCAACGAUCCGAAACGCACGAUAUACGGCAUCUCGUGUUUCCGCCAGAUACCCGUGGAGAAACUGAAGAACCGCACGUCGGACAUAACGAGGGGCACCGUUCAAAAGUCCGUCUGCGUGCUGAGCACUCUGCCCCUCUACGGACACAUCCAGGUGAAAAUGGCCCUGAUAACGCACGCGUACUUCGAGGAGGGGGAUUUCAGCAAGGUGUCCUUGCUGGAGGACACCUAUCAUCACCUUAACUCGUGUAUGAGCGGCGAGAGCCAGAUACCGCCGCAAAUCUUUGUUGGUUUGUCCGCGAGAGACUUUAUAUUGCAAUUCCGCCACAAGGUGUUGCUCUUAUUUAAAUUGCUCCUGCUCGAGAAGAGGAUAGUCUUUUAUCAAUCGCCCGUGCAGCCGCUGUGCGCCACGAUAUUGACUCUACUGUCGCUGUACCCGGACAUGAUUGAACACGGUCUCCAGCAGGCGGCUUGCGUGAGACCGUCCAGGCCGAUGUCGCCGAUCCCGACCUUCGACGAGGAGGAGAUCUCGACGAAUAACGUCGACGACUCCAACUUGUCGUCCGACCGCAUCGUCAAGGAAAACAUGUCGAACGCGGGCCACGAGCAGUGCAACGAUAACAGCAAUAGGAACUCCCUGUGUAUUAAUGACAACAAAACCAUGGAGUCGAUGGAGGGUAAAUGCUUGGACGGGCUGCAGCAUGUCGCCCUGCAGAAGAACAACAACGACAACGAGAAUCUAAAUAUGAAGGUGAUCGAGAUAGAAUCGGCGCAGGAGUGCACCGAGUCUUACCUGGAGGAGAGCGACUCCAAAUACUCGCCGAAGCCGAACGAUAACGUGCACAGGGUACACAGCGUGAACGCCAUCACGUUGAACACCGGCGACACGGAUAAUAGUUUACCCCGCGACACGAGCAGCGACGCGCUCUCCGACGCGAGAUUAACGAAUAACAUUACGCAAAUCGCGCACAUUAAUCCGGAGCUGUGCGGCCUACCUUUGGAGUUAUUUACGAAGGGAUACCUCUGCUUACCUUACUUGUCUUUGCCCUACUUGGAUCUCUUGGGGGACAUUAAUGUCAGAGGCUACAUAGUUGGCGCCACAAACGUGCUGUUCAAACAAAAGAAGCAGCUGAUCGACGUGCUGAUCGAGAUUGAAAACACGAGGAUAGAGGCGACCGAUCCCGAGCUGAGGCGGCAGCUGCAUCUCACCACCGAGGACCUGAGAUUCGCCGAUUACGUGGUGAGGCACGUGGCCGAACCUCGGAAGGACAUCUUCCUGGACGGGGUGGGGUGGGAGGGCGGCGACGAAUGGAUCAGGACGCAGUUCCGGGUGUACCUGUUGAGCAUGCUGCGCACGUCCAUGCAGCAGGACACCCGCCAGUCGGAUCACUACAACGCGGCGUUCAUGUCCGCGUGGCGCGCCACGAAUAAUUACAAGGCGUGGUGCGGCGCGAACAAACCGGAGAUACUCAACAUCGAGCCCGGCCAUCCCUUUGCUGGUCAACUGUCGGUGCAAGAUAUGAAACUGCGCUUGUCACACACGAUGCAAAAUACGGAAAGCGGCAGAAAGUUGAAUCAAGCGAUGGCAUCGACUGGGCGCGCGGUGGCCACCACUGGGAAAGCCGUGGGGGGAGCGCUGUCGCAAGCGAAAGGGGCAUUCUCGAACUGGUGGAGCACGCUGACGACAGUACAGCCGGUCGACGAGGCAAAGAUUGACAAUCAGACGACAAACAACCAUCACGCAGUGUCCAGCGUCGCGGACAAGGAGCCCGUCGAAGACGAGGAGAUGACCAUCUCCGCAGUCCACAACGCGGAUCUUACUGUAGAUCUUGACUAAUACCGAAAACAUACGAGAAGCGAAAAAACGAAUCGCGAGUGCGAAAAUACGAAGCUAAAAAUACGAGAUAUCGGACAUUGGUGCGGAACGUAAUACAAAGGUACGUAAAACUCUACGGGGAUUCCUUGCGAGGCCCCGUGUACGGCGCGCUUGUUAAACGGCCGAAUUGUUUUUACAGCGUUUCAGUUUUAGCGAGGCAGGUUUACGAAGUGAAUCCGCGCACGACAGACUGUGUUAGCGCGACGCGCAGUUUCGUAGGAUUUUUUAGGCUGUCCGGCAGGGAUGCCGGGACUUAGGUCGAUAUGUUAUUGAUUUGAGAGUACAAGUUUUUCGUAAGUUCCGAAUAUUCGUCGAAUAUACUGUACGUAUCAUUUCUCCGCUUUGUAAACUGUACGGUAUAAUUUUGUAUAUCUUUUUAGUUGCAAAGAAAAGACACGUGACCGCCGCCAGCGGUCUUCUAUUCAACUUUUUCAAUGUUGCAUGCAAUUGAGCGGCACUCUAUAAGAAAUGUCAAUCAAUUUUAGACCCUAAGUAAUAGAGAAAGCAUUUUUUUUCAGUCGCAAAUCUCAACUAUUCUAUAUAGCUAAGGGCUAUACUACAUUUACACAUAUAUACUACGUACAAUGACAUUAUUGUUUCGUUUAUAUAGAGAUAUUCUCGCUUAAGAAGUACCUGUAUCCUUUGUAUAUAAAAACAAAAUAGUGCGGCAUAUUUAUACGCGCAUGUUUACAUCGCGAUCGCUUUUCGCGCGUUAUCACUGCGAGAUCUUGGUCACAUUUACCGCUCGAAUCGGAAGAAUACAUUCGCCCUUAGAGGUAUACAAGUAUAAUAAAAGAAACGCGAGAAGAGCCGGCAUGCCCGACAUAUCGCACGCUAUCGAUCGUAGCGAAUUUCUAUCCGCGGGGUUUCAGUAUACUUUCUAUUGUCGCGAGCACAUAGCGGAUUACGUGUAGAGGAUGCGCGCGGGAAGUUCGGGAACUGGGACAGCCGAUAUCCGACAAGACGUAAACAUUGUACAUUGUUCCAUAAUUCAUUUCACUAAGGCUAAUCCUGUUAUUGACAAUAUUGCUACCUCCAUUUAUUGUCGAGAUUACACCGUACGAUUAGUUCCGUGUAUAACGCCGACGGUCCCUCGUGUAAUUCGACAGAUCGGCGACGCAGGAUCUAAAUCGGGACGCAGUAGUUGUUAAGCUGACUGUAUCCUCGUAACCGUCGGGAUAAAUUGUUAGUUUUAUCGCCAAGAUCGCGGACGGAUCAUUCGUGGAACGAAGAGCUUGCCGUUUAAUCGUAGCGGAGUUACGAUUCAAUUAAGCUUAGAGCCACACGUGUAGAUUAUUUGUAGUGCUACUAGCGUAGUCAUUACGGCAACAUACGUAUAUCCCGAUUAAGGCAAGGUUUUUCUUCGCCGCAAUAUUCGUAGAGUUAAACGCGAAAAGCAAACGUCUCGUAGUGGUGUUUUAUUAAUUUACGAUUUCCUAUAGCGAGCUUAAUGGUACUUAAUCCCUAUUUUUACACCAUUUUUGCGUUGACCAAGUGAAUCUCAAACUCGGCCACAUUUGGCGCCAGGUAUCGAUUUUCUUUUCUUUUUUUUCUUACAAUUGUAAGAUCGAUCGGUUGAAUUUCUUAAGCCGUUAUUCAAGGCGACGCGUGGCAGUUAUGCGAGCUGUUUAUCUCGAAGGCGUUCGAGAAUAUAUUUAAUCUCAAAUAACAAAUUGUACAUCUCACUUAAAUCUCUACUCGCACACGCAGCCACUGUUUUCGGGAUAAAACGGUUCGCACGCCAGUUUUAGUUUAAGGUAUCGUAGGCGCAUCUUUGUGAUAUUUAGUUUGUCAUAGUCCACUCGCGAGUUAAGUUCUCCGAGGAGAAUCUCUCUCGGUGCUUUAGGGCACGCCUUUAUUUAUAUAAGUAAAGUGUGCCAAAUGUGGAGCGUGUACGUUCUUAGGAGUAUCGAAUGUGUACGGGCGAGACGUAUCUUGCAAACGGCGCGAUGCAAAUUCGGGCGAGAAAGGCUGUUAAUGAACGGACUCGACGGAGCAUUUUAUGGUUUUAUUAAACGUUCGAUAAAAUUAUCGUUUUCGAUACACGACGGUUUUCUUUCGUCCGAUCCCUCGCCACUGAAGAAAAACCGCGUGGAUUUAGAUUUACGCGAAUGAAUCUUGCUCGCGCUGUCCUAAAGAUUGUUACAUAGAAACGGUAAACGUAUAGACACUUUUAUGUAAAGUUGUUUUUUUUUAUUUGAAGUCGUAUUUAACACGUGUACAUACAAUUUAUUUAUUGCAAUUUCCCAGCGGCGUCUCUUUUUCGCGGGACUACAUCUUCAAGUCUGAUCUACAGUGCGCUCUUUGCGUCUAGAGACGUUCUAAAACGCUUUGUCAACAAUGUACGAUUGUACCUAAAACAAAUGUGUAAUUUAUUUAUCGGCUACGAAACAGAAUGCUUCUAGACGCGAAGAGUAGAUCAGGUUUAAAUAGCCGUUAAGAUUUUCCCCUUGCGAUCGAAUUACGAACGCGCUCUCUGUACGAAGAGAAGACGAAUUCUAGUUGAUCGAGACGAAAAGGGAGAGAGAAAAAAAACCCAGAAUAACACGUACGAAUUGGACGAUCCCUUCGCACAGCUUUACACGUUACAUUAUCGCGGGCGAGAAGUUAUUUAAGACCCACCCUCUCCCGCCCACGUUGGAUAUAACUGAAUAUGUUUUCUAUAUUUAUAAAACGCGAGUUUGUACAGCUUACGAGAAAUGUAAGAGGGACGGAGAGCGUCGCGGAACCCGAGAGACGACUAAUUCCACUGUAUUGUAUUCCUAUGUAGCACCCACCAUUCAAAGUAUUAAGAGGAAAUAAUACAUCUGAUUCUGAAUGUG